AUGCUCACGCCCCCAUCCGCAGCUGAUUCGUUCAGGGGUUUCUCGGGGCUGUCUUCUGGGUCAGUAAUUCAGGCUUCUCCACAAGCGUCUGUCAGCACGGAUAUGCGGCGCAUACCUCACACCAAUAUUAUCGAUUUUGGACAACCAACUGGAUCUACACAAAGUGGUGUAGGUGAACUAGAACCCAGUUCGGGACCGGGAGCAUGGUUCCUUGAAGAAGAUUUUGAUGUCAGUGCGCUUGACUUCUCAAUAACCUCUACCAUCUCGGAAUGGGCGCAAAUCCCAAAUGUGUUUCCUGCUGCGAGUCUAUCUACGGGGGAGAAUGAUGUUUUCACCCCUAUUCAAAGCUCUGUCCCGGGCAUUGAGGCUACAAACACGGCCGUGGACACAGUCAAACGAAAAUGGUUUACCCAUGUAUCACCAUCUGACGAGAAUCGGCCCAAUCGAGAAAUUGCUAUCACAGGAACAAACUGGCCAGGACAAACGAGUGCGAGUGAGUCCUAUCGAGCUGGCCUAUCUCAGAAGCUUCGUCGACCUAUGGAAGAUGAGGCAUUGCCGUCUUCGGAACAACUGAACCUUUUUGCCAAAUUAUACUUUCAUCGCUUUCAUCCUUUAUUACCGGUCAUACAUGCUCCCUCGUUUCGGCCAACGGCGGAAAAUUCUCUAUUAUUCCUGUCUAUUUGCUCGGUUGGGAGCUUAUUCGUCGGGUCUGCCCGUGCAGUGGCUCAAGGCUCACGCAUAUUUGAACGGCUAAACAAAGCCAUUCUAGCAUCAUGGGAGUCCUUCCUGUCAGAAAGUCGGCCAGAUGCCCUAUCUAUGGUACAAGCUGCUAUUUUGGGUCAAACCUAUGCUAUUCUAGCUGGAAAGCCCAAGUACCUUGUUCUGGCUGAUGUAUUACACGGGACAGUUUCCGCAUGGGCCCGUGAAGCAAAUCGACUAGGCGCUCUUUGCAGCCAGUCACGAGAUAUCCUCAACAGUGCGGACAUUGAAAGAAGCUGGCAUCGAUGGAUUGACAACGAACAACGUGCUCGAGUUCAAGCCGCACUGAAUAUCCACGACGCUGAGCUUGCUGCUUUGUACCACCACCAACCAAUUCGCAGUCACAGAUUCCGCCAGUUUCCUCGUCUGGCACCAGAUGAAUUGUUUUCGGCACCUACUGCAUCUAAAUGGGCCGCAAUUCUCUCUCAAUCUCUUCAUUCCCAGAGUGAAAAUCAACUUCAAGCUCAACUCUCUCAGUCUUCGGAUAUAUUCCCAGUCACGGGCUAUGAUUCUAGGUUCACUGCAUAUGGAAUCCUUGAAGGAAUCAGCGCUCGCCUCAUAGAUGCUAAACAAUCCAAAGAAUUCAAUCACAUAGUCUGUCAAGAUACCUCCAACCUCUUGAUUCAGUGGUGGCAGACAUACCAUACGAUGGAUCAAGAUCCAUUUUGUCUACCUGUGUUGUGGCAUUCCAUUUUCAUAUCCCUGUACGCGGACAUGGACAUCUUGGAACAAGCAGUCGGCCGAAACGGCCAGGCUCCAGCCAUUGAAGCAUCAGCAUUGGCACGAGAAUGGGCCUCUUCUCUGGAUGUAAGCCGCUGCCUUGUGCACGCAUCGCUGAUUGCCCGGUAUCUCGAGCGCAUGAGUAUAUCCGCCGAGCCAGCAAUACAUGUGCCUCGUGCGCUAUUUUCAGCGGCAUUGAUAUACUUGUGUGUUGCUCAGUAUGCGCCCAAACAUGUCAUAAGUGCGGAAGCAUUUGCGUCGCCAGAGGUCAAGCUGCUGGGUGAUGGGGCUGCGGAAGUUGCUUGCUUUCCCGGGAUUGCUCAGAGUAGUGAGCGUUCCGUAGUUGCGGAUUUGGAUCAAUUGUAUGGCAUGAUUGACUUGCUACAGAGGGGUGGACGUUGGGGUAUUUCACAAGCUUUUGCGAAUGUGCUUUCUACGGUGCUAGAUGAGGGCAAGGGUGGUGCUUAUGGAUAA